AUGAAAUCAAAGAGCAUCGAUUUAAGGAAAACCAUUCACUUCAGCUUGCUUUUGGCGGUGGUUGCCGUAGUUUGUCAGAUCGGAUUCUGUAGCGAAUCGCCGGAGCAGACGAUAACGAUGAAGCUCGGCGGCCUGCGCAAUACGGCUCAAAACAGCCUCGAAAUUGAGGAUAUCGGCCGGUUUGCUGUUCAAGAACAUAAUAAGAAUCAGAACACCUUGCUUGAAUUUGGAAGAGUAGUGAAUGCCAAAGAACAGGUAGUAGCUGGUAAGAUGUACCAUCUCACAGUGGAGGCGGUCGAUGGGGGUCAGAACAAGAUUUACGAAGCUAAAGUGUGGGUGAAGCCAUGGAUGAAUUUCAAGCAGCUUCAGGAAUUCAAGGAGGUUCGUGAUAACCCUACCACGUCUUCGGCUCUUGGCAUUGAGCGUGGUCAUUGAGGAUUCUGUCUACUGAAGCAAAAGGAAGAGAUCAGCAAACACAAUUAUUGUAGUAAGCAAAUACUUUGAAAUAAACUGGAGUAGUAUUUAGUAUGCCUGAUGUGUAUAUUCGUGAUAAAUAUGCCAUAGAUGUGCAAAGGAUCGCCCUUUUAUGUGAAACGCGACUCUGGUGUACACAGUACCGUCUAUCAGCCACGAUUACCUACUGAUCUUGAUAUAACAUAUUGCCAUUUUGAUGUA